GCGACAGAGGCGUCAUUCGAUGAAUUCAGCUUCUUCAAACUUGAAGGUAGCGAUGUCUGAAAGCUCAACGAAUUCAACUCAAUCAAAUGGGUAUUGCUUUUGUGGGAUGAAGAUUAAACGGCGGACUUCAGGGACAGAUCUGAACCCGGGAAGAAGGUUUGAGGCAUGCGACCAAAAUCGGAAUAGGCAAACAAGACAUCAUUUCUUUGAAUGGCUGGAUAAUGAAACAUGUCCAAGAGGAAAGGAAGUGCUUCCUGGAUUGCUUAGAAGACUCAGAGGUAUGGAGGAAGAAAUUAGAGCAAGAGAUGAGCAACUGAGAUUAGUGGAAGUAGAGAAGAAAAAAUUGGAAGAGAAAGUGUGUGUUGUUAUUGAAGGAAAAAAGGAAUUGGAAUGGAGUAGACAGAGACAAUUGAAAUUGGGGUUUGCUUUGAUCCUUUCAUGGUGUUUGUUUGUAAUUUUUGUGAUGAGUAGAAAGAUUUAGCUAUGAAUGUUAGGUCUGUAAUGGCCUUUUAGGUUUGUAAUGGGAUUAGAGGU